ACACUCUCAAAUUCUCUACUAGUAAGAUAAAAAUACUGCAUUUACCGCGAUAGAUAGCUCCAAAUCAGAGCCCUCAAAUUUGUUUUCAGCAAUCCCAGAAUAUAGAAUCUGGUUUUGAAGGAAUUUUAAUCGAAGCAUAGGAAGCAGCAUUUAGCUGUUGUUCAUUCUGCUAGCGGGAUUUUCUUGUUACUGUGUGAUUGUAACGAGUUGGUUGAAAUUUUGGGAUUCUGUGGUGGUCAGUUUGAUACAUUGCUGAUUAAUUAGGAGGUGGUUUGGGUGUUCUUUUGGUCAUAAUUUAAGUGAAUGGGAAUUGCGAGGGAAGAAAGAGAUGAAGGCUAACAUCAAGUGGUCAGAGGUAAAAUGAACGAAGUGUCAUCGGGUCUUCGAAGUUUGAGUUUUGGAUCACUGCAGCUGCAUUCACAGAAUGGUGGGUUGCAGUCUCAGAAUUCAUCUACACUUCGCAAGACUUCAAGGACCUUGUCUGGUUCGAGGGAGAAGGAGAGGUAUCUGCCUUUCAUAUUCAAGUACUUAGGUCGAAGGAAGGUUAUAAUGCUGAUUUUGGUCAUUAUUGCAAUAUUGGCUCUUACCACAGGGUUUCUUACAGCCAGCAAAGAGGCUGCAUCAGAGAGCUCUAUGUUGGGCUUUGAUGGGUGGUUCGAAAACAGGACAUAUCCUGUGUCCAGAGAAGUUGAAGGGACUUCUGAGAAUGGUUCAAAUGUUAACAUCCAUGGUGUGUGCAGUACAAAUAAUGGCUCUUAUCUACCUACGGCUUAUAAUUCUACCGCAACAAUUGCUAUGCCAGCUCCUGUUAUGCUGAGCCAUCCAUGUAAAAAUUUUGCAUUUCCGCCUCCCCCUCCUGGUGAUGCUAGACGGAUUGGACCACGCCCUUGUCCAGUAUGUUAUAUUCCUGUGGAGCAGGCUAUAGCUGCUUUGCCUAGAUCUGCAUCAGCAUCUCCUGUCCUUCAUCAUUUAACUUAUUUUUAUGAGGAAAACCCAAUGAAAACCGAACCUCAUGGAGGCUCUGACUUUGGUGGAUAUCCUUCUCUGAAGCAAAGAAACGACUAUUUUAAUGUAAACAAGUCAAUGACAGUGCAUUGUGGAUUUAUCAAAGGAUGUAGAGCUGGUGACAACACUGGAUUUGAUAUUGAUCUGGAUGAUCUUAAGGAGAUGGAUGAGUUCCAUGAAAUUAUUGUUGCAUCAGCUAUAUUUGGAAAUUAUGAUAUCAUUCAACAGCCAACGGACAUCAGUGAAAUUGCAAAGAAAAAUAUACCCUUCUAUAUGUUUGUUGAUGAAGAAACAGAGGCAUACAUGAAGAAUUCUAGCCUCCUGGACAACAGCAAGAGGGUUGGCCUAUGGAGAAUUAUCGUUGUCCACAAUGUGCCUUAUACUGACCCCAGGCGUAAUGGCAAGGUGCCAAAGCUUUUGUUGCAUAGGCUCUUUCCCAACGUCCGCUAUUCUAUUUGGAUUGAUGGAAAACUUCAGCUUGUUGUGGAUCCAUAUCAAAUUCUUGAAAGGUUUUUGUGGCGCCAAAAUGCCACUUUUGCAAUCUCAAGACAUUACGCACGAUUUGAUGUCAUCGUAGAAGCUGAGGCCAAUAAAGCUGCAGGGAAGUAUGACAAUGUCUCUAUUGACAACCAGAUUGACUUUUAUAGAAAGGAGGGUUUAACACCAUACUCGAAGGCUAAGCUUCCAAUAACUAGUGAUGUUCCUGAAGGAUGCGUAAUUAUACGGGAACACAUUCCUAUUACCAAUCUCUUCACCUGUCUGUGGUUCAAUGAAGUUGAUCGUUUUACUUCCAGGGAUCAGUUGAGCUUUUCAACUGUGAGGGACAAAAUCAUGGCUAAAGCUAAUUGGACCAUCAACAUGUUUUUGGAUUGUGAGCGCAGAAAUUUUGUGAUACAGGCAUAUCACAGAGAUUUAUUGGAGAGAAGGCCACCACCUUUGCCACGAGCUAGAGUUUAUUCUCCCCCAAGUUCUGUUCGUUAUAACACACCCACUGAAACAUCAAGGAAGAAAAGCCCCGUUAAACGGGUAAGAGGAGGUAAGAAGCCGGGAUCUAGACGGCAUCGGAAAGUUGUUGCUGGAAAUAGGGAUAAUCCUUUACUUCGAUUACUUUCUCCGUAGGUUUUUAUGCAAAGAAAAGAUACUUCUAUUCUUUGUCUCAAUUCUUUGAAAGGGAUAGGAUGAUUUUGGUAGAUAUUGGUAGCAUAUUCAACAAAGAUGAGUUUUUUUUGAAAGUGUCAGAUAUUUGAUCACUUUCAAUGUAUAUUUCUUGACACGAACUCUAGGGUCAGUCGUUUUUCUCUUGAUCGUCGAGCUCUCCUGUAAUUAUCUGCUUCAAGCAGUCUGAGGAAAUGCCUAAUUCAAGGAUGAACUACUUUUAUUCGUUUAUGAUCAGCAUUGAUGAAUUCUUUUACCCAUCUGGA